UCUCUAUUCUUCUUCCACUCCUCACUGCAACAACAAAUUUCACUUUAUUUCGUUCUUAAUUACUGUCUUUUAGCUUUAUAUCAAACUCAAACUCUAUUUGUGAAUGCCGAGAAAAGGAAUGAGGAGCAUUUUCUUCAAAUCACCAUCUCCAACGAGGAUGACACCGCCUUCUUCUCCACUCCACCAUACUUUUUCAGAGUCACUAAUGGAGGAGAACAUUGAAGUAGCCCAAUUCAUCAUCACCAAAUGGGACUCCUCGCAUGACGACAAUCUCGUUUCUCUUUUCUCCGAUAAGGAUGAAGCCAGACAAUAUCUGGGUUCCAUUAAAGGAUUGCAAAAAGCUAUGAAGUACUUGGUUUUACACCAAUCCAAUUCGGAGAAACUCGUCCGAGCUCAACUACUGAUGCAAACCGCCAUGAAAAGGUUGCAGAAGGAGUUUUACCAGAUUUUGAAGUCCAACCGGGAUUAUCUCGACCCAGAAUCUGUUUCGGCUUACUCAUCUUCCAGGCCUUCGGUUUCCAGGUCUAGUUUUUCGGAAUUUGAAGAAGAAGAAGAAGAAGAAGAAGAUGAGUCGGAGAACGAGAAUGAUUCGGUACCUGAAGUGGAGAGAGCGUCGUUAGCUGCUAUGGCGGAUUUGAGAGCUAUUGCGGAAGCCAUGAUAUCGGCGGGGUACGCUAAGGAGUGUAUCAAAGUUUAUAAGAUUAUUCGGAAAUCGAUCGUCGAUGAAGCUCUUUACCAUCUCGGAGUUGAAAGGGAGUUGACAUUUCAGAAGAUUCAGAAGAUGGAAUGGGAGGUUCUGGAGUUUAAAAUCAAGAACUGGUUAAGCGCUGUUAAAAUGGCGGUUAAAACGCUGUUUUAUGGCGAGAGGCUCCUCUGCGAUCAAGUGUUUUCCGUUUCGGCUGCCAUAAGGGAAUCUUGUUUCACGGAAAUUUCGAAAGAAGGAGCUUUGGCUCUGUUUGGUUUCCCGGAAAAUGUAGCCAAGUGCAAGAAAACUCCAGAGAAAUUGUUCCGUAUCUUGGACUUAUACGAAGCAGUUUCCGGUCUUUGGCCGGAAGUCGAAUCAAUCUUCAGCUUCGAAUCAACGUCGGCCGUACGAGCAACCGCCGUUAACUCCUUGAUCAAGCUCGGCGACACCGUUAGGACGAUGUUAAUGGACUUUGAAACGGCGAUUCAAAAGGAUUCAUCCAAAACGACGGUUCCAGGCGGUGGGAUCCACCCUCUAACACGCUACGUAAUGAAUUACAUCUCUUUCCUCGCCGAUUACUGCGGGAUUCUCUUGGACAUAUUCGCGGAUUGGCCGUUCACGGUUCCUUCCGCUUUACCGGAGUCUUACUUCGGCAGCCCCGACAGCGAGGGGAGCAUUUCAUCGCCGAUUUCCGUCCGGUUAGCCUGGCUCAUCCUCGUCAUGCUGUGUAAACUUGACGGCAAAGCCGCGAUGUACAAAGACGUGCCGCUUUCUUACUUGUUCUUAGCGAAUAAUCUCCAAUACGUCACCGAAAAAGUCCGUCAAUCGAACCUGAAAUUCCUCCUCGGCGACGAUUGGCUGAUAAAUCACGAACUGAAAGUAAAACAGUACGCUGAGAAUUACGAGAAGAUUGGAUGGAGCAAAGUGCUUGCGUCACUGCCAGAGAAUCAGACUGCUGAGAAUCCGGCCGAUCGGGUGAACGACCAUUUCAAGAAAUUCAAUUCGGCUUUCGAAGAAGCUUACAUGAAACAAAUUUCUUGGGUCGUACCCGACCCGAAACUCCGAGAUCAUAUCAAGAUUUCAAUGGCGAGACGGAUCAUACCGAUCUAUAAAGAGUUUUACGAGGCAUACGGCGGAGUGCAAAUGAAAAAAGAAAUGUGGGGUGAGCCAUUUAUCAGAUUUACCCCUGAUGAUUUAGGAAACUACUUGUCGGAUAUGUUCUAUGGAAGCAAAAGCUCAGGGAGUGUGUCAUCAAGUUCAAGAGGAGGUGGCCGGAGUCAUUGAGGCCAUCCUUUUUUGGGGCGUUGAAAAAAUGGCCGGCCGGGUUGGAAUUUAGCCUGGUGGCUUUUUGUGGCAUGUGUUGCCACGUGUAUAGAAGACUGGUUAAUAAUUUAAUUAAUUAAUUACUUUAAAAUUGUAAUAAGAAAAUUCUUUGAUUUUUUUAAUUAUACAAUUCCAGUUUGGUGAACAAAAA